GUGAGGAGCGGGGCGCGGAGGGAGAGGCUCCGGGAGCCGCCCCGGGAGCGGGGGGUUCCUGAGGAACCUCCCCGGCUUCUUCCUUCUGGGUCUCCGGGGCUUGGCGGUGAGGGCGAGAAGCGUUGGCACGGCCGUGUCCUUCAGGUGGCAGGAAGCCGAAUUAAGUUAGCCAAUGGCCGAAAAAUUAUCCAGCAUGUCUUCGCUAACGGAAAAGGACAAACCAAUUGUUCAGCUAUUACUGAACACUGGCACUUGCCCACGAUGUAUUUUCAGGUUCUGCUGUGUGGGAUCACAGACACUUUAUAGACAUCCAUACAAGGAUUUGAUGAAGGAUCUGAAAGAAUUCCUGAAAAAUAAUCAACAAAAAGAAGAUACAGCUGGUUUGGGCGUAGUUGAUCCACCAUGUAAGCGAAUCAGACUUGAACACACAGAAGAGGUGCCUGAUGAUCUGAACCAGAAUGGAGUGCUCGGGCAGAUUCCUUUGAUUAAUGAUGACAGUGCUGCUGUGGAGGACUCGACUGUGGAGGUUUGCAAUGUAUGCUUGGGAAUUCUUCAGGAGUUCUGCGAGGCUGACUUUGUCAAAACGGUGUGUGAAAAGGUUAAUUCUGCUGACUACCAGUUCACUAGUUUUGUAUUUUCUGUGUCACUACCCCCACAGCUGUCUGUUAGGGAGCGUGCUGCUUGGCUGCUGGUAAAACAGGAAAUGGGAAAACUGGGCCUUUCCUUGGCAAAGGAUGACAUCGUUUCACUGAAAGAAGCUUACAAGUGGAUUAUUCAUCCCCAGUUGUCAGAGGAGUUGGGUGUUCCCGCUGAUGGAAAGAGUUUGUUUGAAGUUAGCGUGGUCUUUGCUCACCCAGAAACAGAUGAGGAGUGCCGUUUCCUAGCCACAGCCUGUCCGGAUUGUUUCAAGCCAGCAAAAAACAAACAGUCUGUUUUCACUAGAAUGGCAGUUAUUAAAGCCUUAGAGAAGAUAAAAGAAGAGGAUUUUCUCAAGCAUUUUCCAUGUCCCCCGUGUUCACCAAAGAACCUCUGCGUUGCACUGGAAAUUCAGUGCAAUAAUGGUGCAGUUUUUGUGGCUGGAAGGUACAAUAAAUAUUCAAGGAAUUUACCUCAGACUCCCUGGAUUAUUGAUGGGGAGCGAAAGCUGGAGUCUUCAGUGGAAGAACUGAUUUCAGAGCAUCUAAUGGCAGAGUUCAAAGCAGACAGCUUUAAUUUUUCUUCCUCUGGAAGAGAAGAUGUGGAUGUACGAACACUAGGCAAUGGAAGGCCCUUUGCCAUUGAGCUUGUGAAUCCUCGUAGAAUACAUUUUACUGCUGUGGAAAUGAAGGAACUUCAGCAGACUAUUAAUAACUCGUCAGACAAAAUACAGGUUCGAGAUUUACAGCUUGUCACCAGAGAGGCAAUUGGUCGUAUGAAGGAAGGUGAAGAGGAAAAAACAAAGACCUAUAGUGCCUUAGUAUGGACAGACAAAGCAAUACAGAAAGAAGAUAUAGCGUUUCUAGAUGAUAUCAAGGAAUUAAAACUUGACCAGAAGACACCUCUCCGGGUUCUUCACAGAAGGCCUCUGGCCGUAAGAUGUCGGAUCAUUCACACCAUGAAGUCUGAGUACAUAGAUGAGCAUCACUUUCGCCUGCAUCUGAAGACUCAAGCGGGAACCUACAUUAAAGAAUUUGUGCAUGGAGACUUUGGAAGAACAAAACCAAAUAUUGGCUCCCUGCUGAACAGAACCGCUGACAUUCUGGAGUUGGAUGUAGAAUCUGUUGAUGUUGACUGGCCUCCAGCCCUGGAUAAUUAGCUCUUCAAGUUGUAAUGAGGAAAAAACAGCUCCUCUGUCAUCAGCUGGUUACUGAACACUGUAUGUAUGGUAUUACAGCUCGGUUGCAAAGUGUUUUUCUCAAACGUUUGGAUCAUGUUGAUCUGCCAAAGGAUAUUGUUAGUUUGAAUCGACUUCAAACACUCUGGAACAGGUAGUGUUCAUUUAAUAUCUAGCCCUAUUUUAAUUCCUUCUGUGCAUACAAUUUUGGUAAGCUAAUGGAUUGAUAACAAAUCUUUUUU